UUCACAACUUUUCACCCACUACCACCCCAUCUCUCUCACAUUUUAUAAACCACUCUUCCCUUUUUAUAAAAACUCAUAAUAUUUUGUAUCAUUUUUUACCCGCUUCCACCCCAUCUCUCGCUAAAAAAAUUACCAUGGCUUCACCCGUUUCUUCCAUUUCUUCAAUUUCGUCUAUGUCUUCAUCGUCUUCGUCCGAGUGGUAUUCAUCAUCUUCGGAAGAGGAUGUUAUUAUGCACAACAUGAUUAUGAACGCGGCUCAGGUGUUCAUGUCGGCGGCUGAAGGGUCGUCCCAACCGCUAACCAGACGAGCAAAAUAUAAUCGAGACCAAGAAGCCGGCCACGAUAAACUAGUAGCCGAUUAUUUUGCCGACGAACCCGUGUACCCAGCCGAGAUUUUUCGACGUCGUUUCCGCAUGAGUCGUCGACUGUUCUUACGUAUUGCAGGCGACAUGGCCCAGUCUGAUCCGUUUUUUACAUUGCGAAACGAUGCUAGGGGUCAAAGGGGUUUCAGCAAUUUACAAAAAUGUACGUCGGCCAUUCGCCAACUUGCGUACGGUUACGCACCAGAUGCAUUAGACGAGUACAUUAGGAUGUCUGAAAGAACCGCACGUCGAUGUUUAUACAAGUUUUGCCAAUGGGUUGUCAAAUUGUAUAGCAAGCGAUACCUGCGGAAACCGAACGUAAACGACGUUCAAAAAUUAUAUCAAGCCCACGAACAGAGACAUGGUUUCCCAGGAAUGCUCGGGAGCAUUGAUUGCAUGCACUGGCAGUGGCAGAACUGCCCGGUUGCAUCUUUGGAUAUGAAAGACAAAGCCAACUCAUAG